CAUUUCACCAAUCAGCAGCAUCUAUUUUAACACAGGUCUAGGGUUCUUGAUUCAUACAGUUCCAGGUUGAUAAGAAAUUAAGAAGAAAAGAGACCGAUAUGCUGAUGACAGUAAGGUUUUGCAAAAUUUAAUCAAACAGAUACUUUUGAAAAAUUUAAGUGGUCAAAGAAUAAAUUGAAGACACAAAUAAAUGGCUGUUUCUUCGCCGUCUGUGGGCAUCGAACCCACGGCCACGGGAUUAAAAGUCACGCGCUCUACCACUGAGCUAAGACGGCUACGUUCAUAAGUCAUGUUGUUAUUAAUUUAUCCUUAUCAACUUAAGUGUGUUACAUUGAUAUUUGCAUUGCACCCACCUCGAUUUUAUUUGAUGUUUGCCCACUUUGUUAAUUCAUAAUUGUCUAUGGGACAGGUCAUCUUCAACCUAACCUGUCCACUGCUCUACAAUUUACACGAGUGAAUAGCGAUUAAUGUGAUAAGAACUCUUUCUUGAAACAGUUAUUGGUGUGAAAAUGCAGGUUGUAUUCUUUCUUCGAGUUUUGAGAAUCCUUUAGACCAGAAUCAGAUAGAAAAACAGUCUUUUUGUUUGCAGACACCAGUGAAGGACACGGGCCUCUGGUCAUUAGGGAGGACUCAGAUAACAGCCAUAUCACCUUUAAAUUGUUUUACACUGUGUAUGGGAGAGAUACAUAUAGUGCACAAAGAGACAUACAGUGAACUAAUCGGCAUUCUGGUUAUUUUAUUUUAUUCGGAUCCUUUGUAAACUACAUUAUCUCAGAUAUAUUUAUAAAAAGAGUUACCAACUUGGAUUUUCAUUGUAUAUUAAAGGCAUUUUAUCAACGAAAGCCCUCACAAAUCAAAUAAAUUGUUCGAGAUGAUGAUCUUGUAUAUAGAUCUUGGCCUCAUCAACCAAGAUCCCUUGUUAAAGAUGUGCCUGCAAAUCCGAGAGCAAAAUCUAAAACCAAGAGAAACAAUAUGUUCCGAAUUACAUUCUUGUCGAUGAGUUUUGCAACAGAACUAACUAUACUGGCGGUCUGAAGAGAAAUUUCUCGAUUAGUUAUAUAUUUUUUAAAUAUAAAAUGAUUUCUUCAGCUCAAAAAUAAAAUGUGUAGUAUUUCAACGUGAUAUAACACUAUAUAUACGUGAAUACAGAAAAAAAGAAAAAGAAAACUUGGACUUCCUGUCAUUCUUAAUAUUAUAACCUUUGAACACACAUGAAACAAACAUGUUAAUAUUACCUUUAAGUACGAAAGAAAUACAUUGUUAAUAAUACCUGUUAGUAUUACCUUCUAAAAUAAGAAUACUAGAUUUUUUUCUUUUAAUUUAAAUAUUUUAUUUUAAAUAAAACGAUAUACGUGACAAUUAAAAGCUGUUUUCCUUAAUGGAUAUUAAUUAUUUUGUUUUUAAAGGGAAAGGUAGAAUUUAUUUUGGGAAAUAAAUCUUUUAAGUACAUUUGUACACUGAAUCUCACUUGUCGUGGAUACAAUACCUUGUAUAAUCCAAUGACGGAGGUACACAUGUCGAACAAGAUAACACAAAGUGGACGUGAUAAAUCUUCUUUUUAUAUGUAGUUAAGAUUAAGAAGAUGUAAAUUAAGCAUCGAGCACAAAAGGUUACUAGAUAACAAAAAACAAGGAAGAAUCAAUGGCGGAGGGUGAAGGAAGCUCUAGAGGCCAGCCAAAGAGGGAGCAGAUCAGAAAAACUGAAGUCAUCAGUUACGAGAAAAGCGUCACGCAACUGUCAAGAGAAGGGAGACAGACGCAUUUGGUUGUGGACCGAGCCCGUAAAACGCCAUUGAACACACAUAGUAGAUCUUACUCUACUGUCUUUGAUAAUACCUCUCCUCAGUACAACUGGCUUCGUGUUGGCUGGCUCGUUGAGGAGCGUCGCAUAGUGCUGACCGGCCGACUUUACCGGUACUAUUACGAUCCACUGGGACAAGUAUACGGUACAAGGUACGAAGUGGAGCAGAUGUGCGCAUACAUUGACAGGAAUAAGAACAGAAAGAAGCGCGAGAUCAUCAUCAUCGACUAAAAUUCUGCUAUGUAUUGAUAUCUUUAUCAUUUAAGCUAUUAUAAAUAAAAUAAAAAGGCUCAUUUCCGAAGUACCCUGGACAAAAAGGAAAUUACCUGUGUUUUUAAUAUAAGGACUAUUUAAGCCUUUUCUGUUGUUGUUUAAUCUAUGGAACAAUCGAGUAUCUUUCUUUGUUGUUUCGUUGUUUGCAAAACUUAAUUUUAUGUCAGAAUGCCUUAAACAUCUUA